AUGAAAUUUCCCAAGUACAUCUGCCUUUCUAAAUAUCAUUAAUAUAGCUAGAGACAAAAUAUGGCCCAAAUAGCAAAGAUGGAGCUUCAGAUUGAGCUCAAGUCCUCAGCUGAAAGGUUUUAUGGGAUCUUUCGUAGCAAAAGAUACCUGAUUCCUGAAAUGUGUCCGGACUUGGUGAAAAAUGUGAAGGUAAUUAAGGGUGAUUGGGAGUCUGUGGGUUCAAUCAAGGAAUGGACUUUGGUAACAGGUGGUUGUGAGAGAAUGAGGGAGAUAGUUGAAGCAAUAGAUGAUGAGAAGAAGAGUAUUACUUUUACAACAUUAGAGGGAGAUAUCACAAAGGAUUACAAUGACACCAAGGCCAUACUUGAGGUGAGUGGUAGUAGUAGACCAGGCUGCUCUAUCAAAUGGACUGUUCCUUAUGAGAAGAAGAAUCGUGAUCUCCCUGAUCCUUCUAAGUAUAUUGAUUUUGUUCAGCUCAUUUCUCAAAAGAUCGAUGCUUGCCUCUCCAAAACGGCUUAAUUAUCUGUACAAAUGGGACUAAAUACUAAAUAAAUGAUGAUGAUAUUAGGAAGCAUAUAUCUACUACCUAAUUACUAUUUUCUUCCUUCUAUAAUGUAUGGGUUAUAAUUAUUGUGGAGUGAUUGUGUGACCUAAUAAUAAUUCCAAUACUUGCCUUUCUUAUC